GCUGCGGCUCUGCGGCGCUGGGAUCGGCGCCGCCGGCGGCCUGCCCGCCUGCGGCGGUCAUCCGCAUCUGGCUUCGCGACGGGAAACCGGUGUGCGACAGCCCGUUGCCAGUGCUAGUGCUCGUUUGUAAGACGAUUGGAAUAACAAAUCAUCAUCACCCCGCCAGCUGUUUGACACUUCUCAUACGCACCGGGUUUUACAGUUGUGACAUUUCUGUGAACGUGCCUUCUGGUUUGCACAUUCACUGUCGCCAAGCCAUUGCAAUCUCACUACAUUGCAGCAAGAAUGUUAGUCAGAUUCAGACUUAGUUUCAUAAAAUGUUACUUUUUUUUUUUUUUUUUUUUUUUUUUUGAGAGAGAGAAGUGUUAAUUUAGUGAGGUUUUAAUGGUAUUUGAAAUUUGCUAAGAUUGUGGAAGUAUAGAUGUAGCACUGCUUUCUAGCCAACCCAGUCAAGCGCAGAAUCUCUUAAAGCAUUGGUGGGUGUACUUCCAUGUUUUUAAAUGGGUGGCAUGAGGUUGUCAGUCUAUUUAUGAUGUAAAUCCCCGUUCUCUGAAGUCCUUGCUCAAGUUAUGAAUUGGCACUUACAUCCUGAAAGUCACCAUAUUCAUUCAGUUAAACAGUUGGAUGGCUUGUCUACAGGUCCUGCUGCUUCUUGGUUGUUUAAUGUGCAGUGAGUAAAAAUGUGUUAUCAGAACUUGCUUUUCUGUUUAAGGACUUCUUGAACUGUCUGGUUUUAACCAGUGAAGGUUGUACAUUGUAUCCAUGAUACAUCAUACAGAACUUGCCAUUUAUCAUCGAAGAAGUUCUGAGGAGAUCUGGUCUGAAUGCUGUUUAAGGAUUGGGAUGAAAUUCAGAAAUACUACAGAUUAAAUACAUCGGCAAGUAGCAGGGCAGCGGAUUUGACUUUUCAAGACAUGAAGGCCCUACAAAGAAAAUCCUGCCCUUGAAUUUCUCCUUGCUUCUGGCAUUGCUUUCACAUCUGUUGAGAAGAUAGAUUAAAGUGGGUCCAGCUGGAAUGGAGUGAAUGGAGUUAACUUUCUUCAUAGCAGACAAUAUGGUGUUCCGGAUUUUUGGCUAAACAGUGCUGACGACACCAGCGUUUUGGCUUUCCCUAAGCAGCCUUUGUACAAGGUCAAGGCUUUCUUUUUCCCAUUCAGCUACUCCAGUUGGUAUAGACAGGAAGUGGCCAAGAGGUUGUGAGAGCACACAGCCAAGGCAGCUGACCCAAGGUAACUAAAGAAGUGUUUUCUACCAUAUAGCAUCCUGUUCAGCAGCACAAACUGAGAUAGAGGAAGAUUUUUGUUCUCUGGAUUUUUUGAGGGAAAGGGAGGCAGGAUAUGUUUUUGGCUUCUAAGGUGGCUAUUGUUCUGAGGCAGAUCUUCAUGUAGGAGUUGGUGAGUGAUUUCCUUUGUUUUCCUUUUUUUUUUUUUUUAAUCUUUCCUUUACAUGUUAAACUGUUUUUAUCUUGACCAAGAGUUUUCUUGCAUCCAUUCUUACUUUCUUCCCUGUCCUGCUGAUGGGGAUGUGGAAUAAACAAUCAACUGCGUGGCUGCUGGCUGGAGUCAGUUCACUGCAAAACUGCAGAGGGCUGAUGAUCUUCAGUACAAGUAUUAAGCAGGCAUUUGUUUUGGUUAGUUUUGUUUAUAAAGUGGUGAUGUAGAAGUGACCAGAAUGUGUUAGUUACAGAAUUUGGUCUUUGCUGUUGCUUUUCUGGACUUUGGUGAAAUCAGAGUUACUGUGAUCAGUAGCUAAGUUGACAUCAGGAUCUAAUGCUUUAUACUUGUUACUGAACAAGGGUUUUUGCAGGAGAUGUUUGCAAAUGCUUGUUAACAGGGCCUUGGGUUCUUGUUCUUUUUAAAGGGAUGUAGUUGUAUGCUCUGGAAGCUUAUCUUUGUUCUGACAGUAUUACACUGUGUGUUGCGUGUCAUUAGAUGAUAAUGUUGACAAUUUGGAUGUGAUCAAGUCAGUGUAUUAAGUGAUUUUGAAAGGCAGUUAAUAGUUAGGGAAGACACUGAAUUCUGCUUUGUGAAUUGAGAAGCUCAUUGAAGGUUCUUCUCACUACAUACGUUUGCUCUUUUGAUUGUCUUCACUCCUUACAUUAAGUAUGGUGCUGGACUGGUGAGUAGCAUACUCUUGUGAACUGUGAAAGAAGGUGGAUUGUGGAAGAAUGGACACGUGCUAUAAUCUUGAGAUGGACUUACGCAUCUUUCAAGAUCUCAAAGACUUGAGGGUUAUCCCCGAUAUAUAGUCGGUCUGUUUGAUUUCAGCGGUUUGGUAUGACACAGUUGAUGAACCUCAUCGUGUUUUCAUCAUUUGCAGAAGUCAACUUUUGAAUAUCCUUUGCUUUGGAAACACAAAGAUGUAAUGUUCCUUGGAACAUGGAAGGAGGCCUUCAUUUUAUCACAGAUUGUGGUUUCAUUACAUGCUUGGCUUUAAUAUUAGCCGCUGCUGUGGAAGCUGCAGCAAUGUAGCAAAGUUUGUAAACCGAAGUACAGAUAUCAGCCAUUAAUUAUGUUUCAUUUUCUUUCCACAGUUAAGUUGAUUUUACAGAAUUUAUCAGGUCUUCCAAGCAGAAACAGGUAAGCUGCCAAAAGCUUAACACUUCUCACUGAGUAUUGUGACAAGAUCGUACACGGCAGUUUAUUCGCACAGACUUGUGGCUGGGAACUAGGAUAUGCUCUCCUGAGUGCAUGUGGCUGCUGCAAUUAAUACUCUGACUACAUGAAAGAGACAACAUUUCUGAACGCUGAGAAAAACACGUGGUUGCAGAACUGAUCACUGGUUAGAGCAACUUGUCAAAGCAGUAAAGUCAUCACUGCUGUUGAAUUACUUCAUUUUCCAGUGUCGCAGUUACCCUUUUUCUUUUCUCCUUUUUUCAUCUAGUAUUUUUAGUGUUUAUGUUCACAAACGUCCUGUUCAAAAGUAAACAGGAAUUUUUGUUCCUUAGGACUGGUCUGAGCUCUCUGGCAUACAGCAGCUGUGCCGUGAAAGACUGUAGGCGUUCUUCAGGUAUCAUGGAUGGAGAGGAUAACUGAGGUGGAUUUGGUUGCCCUUAGGAUAGGGAAUGCUGAUAGACUUGUGCAGGUGAUUUUUGCUGUGGGUUGAGCUCAGCAUGGCUGUAGUCAUCCGUUUGCAGGGGCUUCCUGUUGUUGCGGGUCCUGCAGAUAUCCGUCGUUUCUUCUUGGGAUUGAAUAUUCCCGAUGGAGGUGUGCAUAUUAUUGGAGGAGAAAUUGGGGAGGCUUUUAUUAUAUUUGCAACAGAUGAAGAUGCACGGCGUGCCAUGAGCUGUUCGGGAGGGUUUAUCAAGGACUCGCGCAUAGAGCUCUUUCUCAGCAGCAAGGCAGAAAUGCAGAAUACCAUAGAAAUGAGCCGGAAGCGAUUUGACCGUGGGGGACGAGAAGCUAUGCCUGGGUCUAGACGAACAGGUCCUAAUGGUUCUGGUGGAUCAGGUGUUGGAGAUGUUCCACAUUUAGUUGCAGCAUUUACAAAAGGGAUAAAUAAACCUGGUUACGGUCCACCAAAUCAUCCAGAGGCUGGCUUCCACACCAAUGGUACGAGACAAGGUGAUGUAGGUAUGCCUAAAUCAGGCUAUCAGUCAAGAAAGGAUUCUCAUGCAUUUAACCCAGAUGAUCUUUACUUAUUUCUACGUGGUAUACCUUACUCUGCAACAGAAGAUGCAGUACGCGAUUUCCUUUCUGGGAUACGUGUGGAUGGAGUCAUUCUGAUCAAGCAUCGUAAUGGUUUGAAUAACGGUAAUUGCUUGGUAAAAUUUGCUACGCCUGGUGAUGCCUUAGAAGGACUUAAGCGGCACAGACAGUACAUGGGUCAGAGGUUUAUAGAAAUAAGUCCAACUACGGAGGAACGGUGGAUUGAAUAUGGUGGGAGGGUAGACAUACCAAAUGAAAUGGAUCACUUUUUCUGCAAAGAACAUUCUCCAAGAAGUUCAGGCUACAUGCAUGCAAGGAAACAUUCUCAUUCAAGAUCACCUAGGAGACAAAGAACACGUUCUCGAUCGCCUUCCGGCCAGGAAUAUUACAUACACUUAAGGAAUCUAUCAACUAAUGUGGAAAAGAGAGAUUUGAGAGAAUUUUUCCCUGAUCUGGAUAUAAGCAACAAACAAAUAAAGAUUUUAUCGGAAAAGCAUCAGAGGAGGACUAGAGAUGCCUUCGUGAUGUUAAGGAACGAGAGAGAUUAUCAGGCUGCUUUGGAAUGUCAUAGAAAGGUUCUUCUCAAUCGUUCUGUUUACAUUUUUCCAAUUUCAAGAAAGUCAAUGUUGAAAAUGCUUGAUUCUUACGAGAGGAAAAGAUCACAGGAAAGAGGUCAUCCUGGGCAGGCCUUAACAGAAAAAAGUUAUCGGGAAGGUCAUUCUGGCCUGAAGAUAUGUGCUUAUGUAAGGAAUUUUCCAUUUGAUGUCACCAAAGUUGAAGUGCGAAGGUUUUUUGAGAGGUUUGAUAUUGACGAAGAUGAUAUUUAUUUGCUCUAUGAUGACAAAGGCGUUGGGCUGGGAGAGGCGUUAGUGAAGUUUAAAUCUGAAGAACAAGCCAUGAAAGCAGAAAAUUUAAAUCAUCAACGGUAUUUGGGAACAGAGGUAUUACUGAGACUUAUAUCUGAAGAGCAGAUGCAGAAAUUUGGUGUAACUGCUCCAUUCUCUACACCCAAUGAAAUGCAGGGUCAUUCACAUGCGUAUAACAGAGGUGAGCUGUCCCGUCCGGUCGGCUCACCUGGACCACCACAAGGGCCACCCAUGCAUUCAUUUGGUCCCCCUGGGAACUUCAGGCAUCCUUCUGAAUUUAGGCACCCCCCUGAGAAUUUCAUGGGCCCUCCUAAGGAUUUUAGAGGUCCACCGCCCCUCAUGGAUUUUGGUGGUGACAGCAAACCUUUUGGCAGAAUGGAAUUUGGGAAUAAUAAAAUGGGAAAUUUUCCUGAAGGAAGAUUUAUGCCAGACCCGAAUUUCAGUGGUGGUUCUGACCGGAUUGUUCCUAUCCGCUUGAAAAACUUACCUUUUAAAGCAACUCCUAAUGAGAUUCUGGAUUUUUUCUAUGGCUACAGAGUUAUACCAGAGUCGGUUUCUGUACAGUACAAUGAACAAGGAUUACCUUCAGGUGAUGCCAUCGUCGCUAUGACGAACUAUGAGGAAGCUAUGACUGCUAUUAAUGAAUUGAACGAUAGGCCAAUUGGUCCACGGAAGGUUAAGUUGAGUUUGCUGUAGAGGAAGUGAGGAUGCUCUAGAAUAAAACGUUAUAGAUUUGACAGUAUUGACGGUUACAUUCACUUUUUUAAUUACUAGAAGAUGCAGAAGAAACGGUUUUCAACAACGGUUGUAAAUAGUGUCUAAUUUGGUUAAGUUCCUGGUUAAAAUAUCUGUAUUGUUAAGAUGCGAGAAAUAUAUAGUGCCUACUUCUUACAGCGGAGAAGAGCUUCAAAGUUCUGGAGGACAUUCAGUAUCUUAUGUCGAGGUAUAAAAGCAUGGAGUUUUAAUGGUUUUUCUUUUAAGGAAAAAAAUGCUGGGUUAUGUUUAUUUUUUUUUUUAGUUUGCUUUAAUUCCUCUGACUUUGUUCAGUUCCCUGACUUUGCAGAUAAAAUUGUAAGUGUUGGUUGAAUGACCAUGCACAGUUCAAAUAGAAAAACUUCAGCGCUACCUGCAUUAGCGAAAACAGUUCUUAUUGAGGUUAGCUUAAUAAAACUAAAAAAUGACUGGGCUUUUUUUUUUUUUUUUUUUUUUUUUUUAAUAAGCUGUUUGGUUUUAUGUGGUUCCAGGCAUCGCUAUUAGAAGAAAAAAGAUCUUCCUGUUCACAUUAGCUGGGUUUGCUGGCUUUUCAACUUUUUUAAAUAAAAAAGAAAUUGCUAUUAAGUGUCUGUCCUAUUUAAAAGUUGUACGGUUACUGGUCUCAGCUAUUUCUCAGCACGUGUGGAUCUUAGUGAGAAUGAUCCUGGCUGCUUUCUGUGGAAAGACUGAUCUGUUAGUAUUUGCCAACAUAGCAAUGAAUAUAUGGUUUAUAAAGACUCCAAAAAUCUAUACAAAUGAGGUUGAUAGGCUUUCUUUUCACUCAGUGUAGUUGUUCCUCUGAGGCAGAAAAUGGAUAUUGGAGUUGGGUCAAGAAUUUUGGCUUCAGCCAGAACUUUCAGUAGCCGUGUUUCACCUUUACAUGCUCACAGUAUGAAUGUUAACUUGCUGAUGAUGGUGUGGAUGCAUUCUAGGUCAAUAUAUGAUCAGUUUGAAAUAACAUCUGUCAUGGGCAACUGUGCUGGCAACCAGCUAUGUUGUUCUCUUACAUAGGAAAAUAAUCUCGAUUAGUAUUCAGAAUGCUGUGACUGGUUUGGUAACAACAUAAGUAAAUUUUAGUAAGAAAUAAAAGCUAGCCCAUUUGAGGAAAAGGCACUGCAUUCAAAAUUCAGGCUUAUUAGGGAACCAGUUCUGUGGAUAAUACUUCUUGUUGACCUUAAUUCUUUUAUAUAAAAUCAUAAUCACUACAUCUCAUGUAAUGUCUUUAGAGAAAUGAACAAGACAAACUUCUUUUGCUUCCGUAACCUUUAAAAAGAUAAUAUAGUUUCAUUUCUUGAGGCAUAUUAUUUGUCUUGUGCUAGGAGAACUGUACUUUCUGUGCACAAAUUUCCUGGAGCAAAAUCUUAUGAGGAGUGGCUGAAGGAGCUGGGGUUGUUUAGUCUGGAGAAGAGGAGGCUCAGGGGAGACAUCAUCUUCUCCCAGGCAACAAACAGGACCCAAGGAAAUGGCUGCAAGUUCUACCAGAGGAAGUUUAGGAUGGACAUGAGGAAGAACUUUUUCUCUGAGAGAGUGGUCAGGCACUGGAAUGGCUGCCCAGAGAGGUGGUGGAGUCGCCGUCCCUGGCAGUGUUCAAGAGGCAUCUGGAUGAGGAGCUGCGUGAUGUGGUUUAGUGUUGUGAUGGCAAUGGUGAUGAGAAGAUGGUUGGACUGGAUGAUCUUACAGGUCGUUUCCAACCUCGUGAUUCUAUGAUUCAGUCAGAAUGCUAAUGCCAGGUGUGUAGAUGAGGGUUCCUCAGAGCAGGAACUUAGAUGGGGUCGAACUUUCAGACUCUGUAUAUACUUAUCUUCUUUUGCUGACUGUUAGGAAUUAACUUCAGAGGUGUUACUGUUCUGUAUACUAAUCUGAAUUUAAAUGCAAUUUUAAAAAAAUGAUGUUUUUACUUCCUAGUUGCUCACAACCAUGCCUAACAAAGCCAACAGACUUUGCAGGGAAAAUAAUAGUAUGAAUACAAGAAUCCUCAAAGUUGUUUGGUCUAAUUGUGCUACUGAGAACUUAAUCAUGAUUAUUUUUGUAAGCUAAUAUCAUUUGUACUAUUAAGUCUUGCCUCUGCUGCCAGCUGUUGUGUGAAAGAAACAAUAUUCACCUUCAGUUUUACAUGAUCUGUUCUUUCUAAAGUUCUUCCAUCUACACAGUAGUGACUGUCAAGUACUAAAUACAAACUGAUAAAAUUUUUACCGUGAUUCUAAAGUAACGUUGAUACACUCAUACUUCUGUAACAAAAAGGAUUUGGAGGCCGAAAGGGUAAGAAAAUUGAUUGCUGGUUAAGUGUGAGAUUUGUGUCGGAAAAUGCCUACUUCAUUGGCAUUGCCUGCUUAAGGAAAGUCUGAGUAACUGCUGAUAAGGGACUGCUCGUUUUCGGGUUGGUAACCUUUUCUUCUCCUAACCAAUUAGUUGAGAAUUGAUGUAAACACUUUCCUUCCUUAUUAAUAAUUCAGUUUUGAAAGCAUAGUUGUAUACCUUUAUGCAUAUAGCUGUACCACACUGGUACAGUCAUGAAAUUAACCAACCAUUUGUUUAGGAAAUAGACAGCAGUGCAUGACUGAAUCUGAAAUGGUAAAGUGGUGACAGCAAUGGUCCUGAUGUGAUACAAAUAUAUAUCUAAGUGCUUAUCUGUUGAAACAGAGACAUAGUUACCUUGGUACUUCUUAGCUUUUGUUCAUUAGCACUCCUUGUCAGCAGUAGUUAAAUGAUUAUACUGUGCUGUAAAACUAAUGGCUGGGUUUUUAACCAGAACCCCAUAUAGCAACGUUUUCACUCAGAUUUUUAUCACAGCAGUUUUUGGCAAAACUUACAUACUUGUUCUGUCAGGUGUGAGUUGCACACUUGAUGUCAGUGAGAAAGGAUAGCAUCAAUAUUAAUGGUUUAUUUCCUUAACUGAGGGAGUAUUUGUUUAUUAACUUGAAACUGUUUUCCCAGUUACAGGUUUAAAUUCUUAUUUAUACACAUGCUAAACACCUUAAAAACUUUUUAAAAAAAAAUCUUCAUUUU